AUGACCUUGACCAACCUGACCAAUGAUCUCGUUGGUAAGAAGGUCUUGGUCAAAGUCAAUACCGAGACUGGAUCAGAUGUCAAUGGCUAUUGGUAUAGGGCAACGGUGACACAGGUCCAUUUGAGGAGAGGCAAGGCAACAUCUGCCAGUGUGCAAUUGGACCAUGAGGCAGGAUUAGCUGCGCGAUGCCAAGUGUGGAGAGAGAUCAAUGGUCUAAGACAGACUCAAUCGACGUCCAGUGAAAGACGGUCCAAGGCCAUCGACAACAAGAUCGAAGCACUGUUGGAGAAGGCCGCCCAUUCAAAGACCAAUCAGAUGUCGACCUAUCGUGUUGGAUCAAAGCAGAUGAUAGUACUCUCUGACCAAAUGAAGAUGACAAAAACAACGAUGUUGCCGACAGUGACCUGGAUAACAGUGACCACGACCAAGAUGAUGAUGACAGCAACGAUGACCAACUCUAUGAUAUAUUUGAUGAUGAUGAUGACAACAACGAUGCCAAUCAGAUAG